UAUCUUUGGAGCUCAUAAUCUUCAAACAACGUUGAUAGAGCAAUAUGAAAAUGAUGUCAAAUCAUGGUUUAUAAAUGCUUUUUUUUCUCAACUCCUUUUCUUUGCUUCAAAGAAAAUAUACGAUCAAGUGAAUAACAACACCAGAGAGGAGAAGAGAUGGAGUCGGCGGUGGAGAUUGAUCGGUUACCGAUUGAUCUAUUGGCUCAUAUUUUUGCGAUGAUAACAUACUUCAGCGAUUUGGCUCAGGCGAGGGGAGUGUGUAGAAGAUGGAAAGAUGGAGUUAAAAUGUCAAUUGGUAGAAGAAAGAGUUUGAGCUUUGCUGGUUGGAAAUUGGAGGAUGAUUCCACUGCUCAUCUUAUUCGCCAUGAACACAGUCUUCGAGAGCUUGAUUUCUCGAGAAGCGAUUGGGGUUGCCAAAUAACAGAUCAUGGAUUGAACCAAAUCUCUAUUGCGAAGUGUGUUCCUAAUCUUAAGUCCAUUUCUCUUUGGGGUAUGGUAAGGAUCACCGACAAGGGCGUUGUGCAGCUGAUUUCAAGAGCCAACUCCUUGCAAAACCUAAACAUUGGUGGCACCUAUAUAACAGAUAUAUCAUUGCUUGCAAUAGCAGACAAUUGUCCAAAUUUAAAGACCAUUGUCCUGUGGUGCUGUCGCCUUGUAACCGAGAGCGGACUUCUAAUUCUCGUACGUAAUUGUCACCAACUCGAGUCAAUCAAUGUUUGGGCAAUGAGGGUUCCUAUCGACUGUUUCGUCGGUUUGGUUGCGAUAAGUCCAUCACUUCAAAUCAAAUCAAGAAGUGUUCUUGAUUCUACAUGGGUGUAAAAUAUAAUAAUAUGUCACUUCAAAUAUAACCAAGAAAUAACCAAGAAGUACGUUCACGAUUCUAUAUACAUAUAUAUAUGUGGACUCCAAGUGGAUAUAAGUAAAGUAUGUAUUGCAAUUUUUAAA